UAUAUGCUUUUGUUCUCUUUCAGCUUCCUUCUAGGAUUCUCAUUCACACUCGCUUUGCUUUUUGGUCCCUUCUCCCUCCUACACUUUUAGUUUUGUUAUAUUGUUGUCUUUUUUUUCUUCUUCCUAUUAACUGGUAAGUUUCUCAUAAAUCUGAACUUGCUCGUUUUUUUGUUUGAAGUCCAGUAAAAUUUGGCGGGUAGAAAACAGAUUUGUACAUCUAAGUAAAGGAUUUAAUUGAAUUGCAUUUUUGUUAGCUUUUGGGUACCCUUCUUCUUCCCUAUUUUGGGUCUCUGGUGUUGAGAAAUGCACUCUUUGUUCUGUAUAAUUGUGAUUUUUGUAAAUUGACUUUUUGGGUAGUCAUGAUGGGUUGUUGUGUUAACUGGUAAGUCAUUAUUCAUCUGUUCCUAUAAAAUUUUCUCGGUUGUCCAACUCAGUAAUGCCAAGCUCUAGCUUUAAUUUUACAGAGAGUAAUUGUGAUUAUGAAUGAUGUAUGCUCCUAUGUGUGUUUUUGAACUUUCAGGUGACUUCUGUGAAUUACUUUGAAAUUUAGAGUAAUAGCUUACUCUUAUGGACCAAGUAACAUGAUUAACUAUUACUAGUGAUAUGUUUUUUACCAUGAUUUGUUCUGAUGUACCUUUUGGCAGGCUUGUCAAUGGAUUGGAUGAUCAAUAGGGAAUAUCAAAUAAGGAGAUGAAAGAGGAGUCAACAGGACUGAUUAUUGGGGUUUCCAUAGGUGUGGUUAUUGGAGUUGUUUUAGCAAUUUUUGCACUCUUCUGCCAUAGGUUGCAUCGAAAUCGUUCACAGAUAGGCAAUAGCAGUUCCAGGAGGGCUGCAACCAUACCCAUCCGCACAAAUGGUGCUGAUUCUUGUACUAUUCUAUCAGACUCAACCUUAGGUCCAGAAUCUCCUGUAAAAUCAGGACGGAAUGACAUGUCCUUCUGGCAUGAUGGGUCUAGGAAGAGUAACAUGGUUUCAGCAUCUGGACUACCUGAAUAUGCAUACAAGGAUUUGCAGAAGGCAACACAUGAUUUUACAACAGUCAUAGGACAAGGUGCAUUUGGUCCUGUUUAUAAAGCUCAGAUGCCUACUGGCGAGACUGUUGCAGUUAAAGUUCUUGCAACUAAUUCUAAGCAAGGGGAGAAAGAAUUUCAAACAGAGGUUAUGUUGCUGGGAAGGUUACACCAUAGAAAUCUGGUUAAUUUGAUCGGAUAUUGUGCAGAAAAGGGGCAACAUAUGCUUGUAUAUGUCUACAUGAGUAAGGGUAGCUUGGCUUCCCACUUGUAUAGUGAUGUGAAUGAAGCACUGAGCUGGGAUUUGAGGGUUCAAAUAGCUUUAGAUGUGGCAAGAGGCUUGGAGUAUCUUCAUGACGGAGCAGUUCCUCCUGUAAUCCAUCGAGAUAUCAAAUCUUCCAAUAUUCUAUUGGACCAAUCCAUGCUAGCCAGGGUUGCUGAUUUUGGACUUUCUAGAGAAGAGAUGGUGGAUAAACAUGUAGCUCUUCGGGGUACCUUUGGCUAUCUUGACCCCGAGUAUAUAUCUUCAGGGAAAUUCACCAAGAAAAGUGAUGUAUACAGUUUUGGGGUGUUGCUCUUUGAAAUUAUAGCCGGCAGAAACCCUCAGCAGGGUCUAAUGGAAUACGUUGAGCUUGCAGCAAUGAAUAAUGAGGAAAAAGUUGGUUGGGAGGAAAUUGUGGAUUCUCGCCUUGAAGGAAACUUUGAUGUUCAAGAACUGAAUGAGGUAGCAGCCAUUGCCUACAAAUGCAUCAACCGCGCCCCAAGGAAGCGCCCUUAUAUGAGGGACAUAGUGCAAGUGUUAACAAGUAUCCUUAAGUCAAGGCACCAUAGGCAUUAUCAUCACAAGAACUCCUUGUCAAGCAUAGCAGAUGAAGUUUGCAUUGAUCCUAAUCAGCCAGAAACCAAGAUUCCUCACCAGAGAGAAGAAUCUAUUGAUAGUGCAGCAGAUACAUAUGAAGUGUAGAAUAUGAAAUGAUAUUCCAAAAUUUGUAUAUUAGUACUUUCACCAAUGAAAGUGAAGUUAUAGAAGAGAAAGGUACCUUCCAUUCACAUGAGCUGGCUACAUUUAUUU